AUGGUUGACUGCGGAAGCGUGUAUACUAUCUGUGCAAAAAUGUGCGCAGCGCUGAAAAAUGAUGGGACACCCUUUGGUGGGAUCAACAUGAUUUUUGCAGGAGACUUUGCGCAGCUGCCCCCAGCCAUGAGCGGAAAUGCACUGUACUCACACAAAGUUGGACGUGUCAUCCACCGCACCCACAGUCAUGCACACCAGCAGGCAUCCAUUGGCAAGGCAUUGUGGCAUCAAUUCACCACUGUGGUUAUUCUGCGCGAGAACAUGAGACAGCGGUCACAGGGUGCCAAUGAUGCCAAGCUCAGGACAGCAUUAGAGAAUCUGAGAUACAAAUCGUGUACACCUGAGGAUGUCAAACUUCUCCAGUCGCGUGUUGCAGGAUGUGGUCGAGGUAGACCCAAGUUGAACCAGCCAUGCUUCCGCAAUGUGUCUAUCAUUACUGCAUGGAAUACACACAGAGUUAAGAUCAUGAGCUGGGAUGUGAGAGGUUUGCAAGGGAAAAUGGCCAACCAUUGA